UCCCUUCCGCCCGCGGACCGGAAGCCAGCGAUGGCGCGGAACGUGCUGUACCCCCUCUACCAGCUGGGCAACCCCCAGCUUCGCGUCUUCCGCACCAACUUCUUCAUCCAGCUGGUGCGGCCCGGCUCGGCCCAGCCCGAGGACACUGUGCAGUUCCGGAUCCCUAUGGAGAUGACCAGGGUGGACCUGCGGAACUACCUCGAGCGCAUCUACGGCGUGCCCGUGGCGGCCGUGCGGACCCGGGUGCAGCACGGUUCCAACAGGAAGAGGGACCACAGGAACGUCAGGGUGAAGCAGCCAGACUACAAGGUGGCCUACGUGCAGCUGGCCCACGGGCAGACCUUCACCUUCCCGGACCUCUUUCCUGAGAAAAAGCCGAGCCCUGACGGCGAAGGCGAAGGCGAAGGCACCUCCGCGGAGGACAGAGUCCAGGAGGAGCUCUUGGAGGAGCAGCGGAAGAGGCAGAGCAGCGACCCCCGGCGCGGGGGCGUCCCCGACUGGUUUGGCCUGUGACGGGCUGGCAGCUUCAAUAAAAGUGCUGUGUGUGUGA